AUGAAAUUUACACGGAAGAGAGUUAGAUUUAUUAUUGAAAUUGGUGCUGUUUGUGCUGCUAUUGCAUGUCUGGGAGCAGCAUUGGCAGGAAACGAGUGGUUUGAUGUCGUUGGCGCUGAUCUAUCCGAAUCUGGAUUUGGAACAAAUUUAUCCCUUCAUGGAGGAGUAUUCGAGAGCUGCGGGCCACCAAUCGACCCAAAUUCUACAUUAGAAGAAGAAUGUUUCAAAUUCGAAGAAAUUCUAGGGCCUUACACGCCUCUGCAGUUGCUUCAAAUCAGAGGAUUCCUAGCAUUUACCUUUUUAAUGCUAUUGAUGGGUCUUUUCUGUGGUUCAAAAUUCGCAGUUGAGUUUUAUUUCCUCGGAUUUGCUGGAGUCGUUUUGGCAUUUUCAAUCGCCGUUGCAAUGAUCACUACGACUGGUAUUCUCGUUUGCAACUGCUUGGACGAACUUGGCGUUCAUGGAUGGCUCGCUACUAUCAGUUUACCGUGCAUCAUCAUCGCUCUCUUCGCGGUUGAGAGCAAAAACCAGCGAAAAAUGCCACUUAAUUAUAUUCCAACGCUGAUGUCUUUCGCUGUUUUAGGAAAGUUUUGA